CUCACAGUCGCCUCGGAUCCCAGAUGAGAGCGAUGGCGCCGCACACGCUGCUCCUGCUGCUGGCGGCCGCCCUGGCCCCGACCCAGACCCGCGCGGGCUCGCACUCGCUGCGGUAUUUCUACACCGCCGUGUCCCGGCCCGGCCUCGGGGAGCCCCGGUUCAUCUCUGUCGGCUACGUGGACGACACGCAGUUCGUGCGCUACGACAGCGACGCUGAGACUCCGAAAUAUGAGCCGCGGGCGCCGUGGGUGGAGAAGGAGGGGCCGGAGUAUUGGGAGAGGAACACACAGAGAGUCAAGAACAGCGAGCAGAUUAACAGAGUUGACCUGAGGACCCUGCUGGGCUACUACAACCAGAGCGAGGGCGGCUCUCACACCAUCCAGAGGAUGUACGGCUGUGAGGUGGGGUCGGACGGGCGCCUCCUCCGCGGGUAUGAACAGGUCGCCUACGACGGCCGCGAUUACAUCGCCCUGAACGAGGACCUGACGACGUGGACGGCGGCGGACAUGGCGGCGCAGAUCACCAAGCGGAAGUGGGAGCAGGCUGGGGAUGCAGAGAUAUGGAAGGCCUACCUGGGGGACACGUGCGUGCAGUGGCUGCGCAGACACCUGGAGAACGGGAAGGACGCGCUGCUGCGCACAGAUCACCCAAAGGCACAUGUGACCCAUCAUCCUGGACCUAAAGGUGAUGUCACCCUGAGGUGCUGGGCCCUGGGUUUCUACCCUGCUAACAUCGACCUGACCUGGCAGAGGGAGGAGGAGGAACAGACUCAGGACAUGGAGCUGGUGGAGACCAGACCUUCUGGGGAUGGAACCUUCCAGAAGUGGGCAGCUCUGGUGGUGCCUUCUGGGGAGGAGCACAAAUACACAUGCCAUGUGUACCAUAAGGGGCUGCCUGAGCCCCUCACCCUGAGAUGGGAGCCUCCUCAGUCCACAGUCCCCAACAUGGCAGUUAUUGUUGUUCUGGUUCUCCUUGGAGCUGUGAUCAUUGGAGCUGUGGUGGCUGUUGUGAUGAAGAGGAGGAGAAACCCAGGUGGAAAAGGAGGAAACUAUGCUCCAGCUUCAGGCAGGGACAGUUCCCAGAGCUCCGAUGUGUCUCUCCCGGACUGUAAAGCGUGAAGACAGCUGCCUGGUGUGGAUGGAGUGACAGACGAUGUGUCCAGGUCUCUCCUGUGACAUCCAGAGCCCCUCAGUUCACUCUCAGCAAUAGUGUCUGAUGUUCCCUGUGAUUCCAUGGGCUCAAUGUGAAGAACUGGGGAGCCCAGCCCACCCCGCAUACCAGGACCCUGUCCCUGCACUGCCCUGUUCCCUUCCACAGCCAACCUUCCUGUUCUUGCAGACAGGAGGGGACAUCUCCAUCCUGUCACCUCCAUGCUGUCCUGACUUCCCCACUGAAAAUAAGAAUCUGAAUGUGACCUUGAUUGUUAAUGUCCUUGAUCUCAAAGGUUGAUUGACGGUAAAAUAAAGGAUUGAGAUAGAGUUUACGGAGGAAAUAAAUGGCAGCGUGGAGAACCUCCCAGAA